ACAACACAGUUCAACACCAGUCCGCCUCCUCCUCCUCCUCCACUAACACCAGUGUCUCCGCUCCGAGCCACAAACGAGCCAUUUAUCAUCAAUCAUGGCCGCCGGGGUACUCAUCUAAAAAAACUCUUCUUCCCUCCCUGUCGUCAGGAGGAGGGGAGGAUUUAUUUUUUUCAUGUUUUUGUUGGAGGGGGGGAAACAAACAAACAAAAAAAACCAUUAGACCCCCUCACACUGGGUUUUUUCUUCUCUUUUUGGGGAUCUGCUCUUGGAAUUACAUUAGAAUACAUCUCGGACCAUUCAUGUCCAGACUCCAACAUGCAGCCGCCGCCGAGGAAGGUGCGCUAGAGCUGAGCACACUCAAGAUAGAUGACAGAUGAUUGGCAGAUAGGUCAAAGUGACACAGGAGCUGAAAAACACACACACGGAGCAGAUGACAAGACUGCACUUUAAACACCAGACUGAAUGUGACCUGCUGGAAGACAUGAGGAGCUACAGUCUGAAGAAGGGACAGUUGGAGAGGGACUAUGCACAGGCUCUGCAGAAAUUAGCAAGUCAGUACCUCAAGAGAGACUGGCCUGGAAUCAACCCUGAUGACCAGAGAACAGACUACAGGAAUGUGUACGCAGUGUGGAGGUCCUAUUUAGAAGGUACAGUGCAGGUGAGCCAGUCCAGGCUCAACGUGUGUGACAACUACAAGGGUCAAGUAUCAGACCUCGCUAAGACUGUUAGACUCUACAAGGAACAGCAGCUCAAAAAAACCAUAGAUCAGUUGAGUGGCAUUCAGGCAGAGCUGCAGGAGUCAGUUAAGGAGUUGGCGAAAGCCAAGAAAAAAUACUACGACUCUGAGCAGGUUGCCCACGCUGUACGGGAGAAGGCGGACAUAGAGGCCAAGUCUAAAUUGGGGCUUUUUCAGUCGAGAAUUAGUUUACAGAAAGCAAGUGUAAAGCUAAAAGCGAAGCGAAGUGACUGCAACUCCAAGGCGACACAGGCCAGGAAUGACUACUUGCUAACGCUAGCUGCUGCCAACGCUCAUCAUGACCGCUACUAUCACACAGAUCUACUGCACUGCAUACAGGCCUUGGAUGGCAGAAUCUACGAGCAUGUGAAAGACUACCUGGUGUCGCUGUGUCAUACUGAAUUAGAGGCCUCCCAAGCAACACACAACACCUUCCAGUUCCUGCUGGACAAAUCCACCAGGAUAAUUGAAGAGUUCAACCAGCAGCUGUUCAUGCAGGAGAAUCCAGUGUUUCACAAAGCACACGACUUCCAGUUCCAGCCCAGUGAAUGUGACAUGACUCUGAGCUCGGUGCAGCAGUUGGUGGACAUUGAGCCGUCGCCCGUCAGUGCCAUGAGAAUGACCCUGGCACAGAGUCGUCAGCUGGAGUCGGAUACGGGGACAACGGAGGAGCACAGUCUGAACAAAGAGGCCAGGAAAUGGGCAACAAGAGCGGCCAGGGAACACAAGAAUAUCAUCCAUUACAAGAGAUCUCUGGAGGAGUGUGAGAGCCAUGGUUUGCCCAACACAGAACAAGGCAGACUAGAUCUGGAACUGAAGAUAGAAGACACCAAAGAAAACAUGCGCAAAGCUGAGACGAUAAAGUUGAAAGCGGAGGCUCGGUUGGACCUUCUACGGCAGGUGGGGGUUGCUGUGGAUACCUGGUUGAAAAGUGCCAUGAACCAGGUGAUGGAGGAGUUGGAGAAUGAACGUUGGGCCAGCUACACUUCCCACGAUCCCUCACUGUCGGGCACAGUGGACCUGGAGCGUGAGGAGGGAGAGGAGUGCGAGGAGAAUAUGGAGGUUUUUGACGACAGCAGCUCCAGUCCUUCAGGGACCCUUCGAAACUACCCGCUCACCUGCAAAGUCCUGUACUCAUACAAGGCCUCUCAGCCAGACGAGUUAACCAUUGAUGAACAGGAGAUGCUGGAGGUCAUUGAGGAUGGAGACAUGGAGGACUGGGUCAAGGCUCGCAAUAAGACAGGCCAUGUUGGCUACGUCCCAGAGAAGUACCUGCAGUUUCCCACCUCCAACAGUCUCCUUAGCAUGCUCCAGUCUCUGGCUACGCUCGAUGCUCGAUCGCACACAUCGUCCAACUCAACCGAGCCAGAGCUGCACUCCGGCUGCGUCAACGGUGACAUAAACACAGUGUAUGUUCGUGCACUUUAUGAUUACGAGGGCCAGGCAGACGAGGAGCUCUCUUUCUGCGAGGGGGCUGUGAUCCGCCUGCUGAGCCGGGACACGCAGACAGAUGAUGGUUUCUGGGAGGGGGAGCUCAACGGACGGGUGGGCGUCUUCCCCUCAGUCCUGGUGGAAGAUUUCACUGAGAAUGGGGAGAGCAGCGGAGGAGGAGGGGCAGGUGACAUACAGAUCUCUCCGACUCUGAAGUUGCCAUCCUCUCUUCCGCCUCUUCCGCUGUACGACCAACCUCCCAUCAGCCCUUUCACCAGCCCCGAGACCUCCACCCCACCUCCUCUCCCACGCUCACCCUCAGCCGCACUUAACGGGGACCACAAGCCUCCACUGCCAGCGCCGUCACACAAGGGACCGCUGUCCACCCACAAUCAAAGAUCUGGCAAGAGUCCAGUGUCUCCAGGAUUUCCUCAGACUCAGCCACCGAGAUUCACCCCUGAAGGAGGCCCUGGGAAACUACGACCUGUGCGGGCUGCUCCUCCUCCACCUAAACAACACGCCCGGAGACAGCAAGAGAAGAGCGACAAGACGGAGGAGGUGGAGAUCACACUGGUGUGACAGACAGACUACUCGGCAAGCCGUUGUAUACACAACAAAUUCAAGAAACAAGAUGACACACAGACUUAUCAUUCAGGCCGAGGAACUGAACAGCUCUGAAGUGAAGUGAGCUCAAAUAAAGAGAUGUGAAGUAAACUGAACUGAACCACGUCGACGACCUCCGGCCACUCCGCAUCUUCCUUUCCCUCCUCCUCCAGUGAAGGAGAGAAGAGAUAAAGGCAGAGUAUUCAAUUAAAUAAUCGUAUUAGAUUUCUAAUCAAGUGCAGCAGUAGCUGCCUCCGCAUCGCUCCCUGCCCUCCCCCAUCCCUCCAUUCUUGCCUUAAAACUUCACCUCAAACUCACCUCAAACCAGAGCACAGCGAAAGGAGGAAGAGGAAGUUUUCUUUUAUCUUGUUAAACUUAUUCAAGAUAUCAGAGAUUAUUUCUCUGAGCAGGCAGAUCGCUCUGCUGCGUUCACUGACCUGCUGACAAAUAAUCAUGAAGCAUGAGAAAUGUUUUUGGAGCCCUGAAACUCACUAAUUAUAGUAAAGGCUUAUCAGACAAAUCCAAAAUAUAACUAGAUACAUGAAUGAUAGUAUUUGUUAAAUAGCAACUUUCAAUAUUAAUAAAUGUAAAGUUUUGUACUUUUAUUUAACCUUCAACGAGCAAGUACAUUUUUUUAUUUAAAUUUACUACCAAUUAGUUAGUAUCAAUAAAUUUAAAUUUUCUAUUUUAAAUGUAUUUAUUUACUUUUGUUUUGGUCUUUGCACAUAUUUAAUCAUUUAUAAAUGAACUCCACACAACAUAUCCUUUUCCUCACCAUAUUUCUAAUUGUCAUACUGCAAAUAUGACAAAGAAUUGGGAAAACUCUUGAUAUUUGGAGUACUUGAGACGUGGCAACCACUGGUAUCAAAACACACUCAACACUUUUAGCUGAGCAGGCCUGUUCUUCCAACUAUCUGAAGCUAAUGGUUUCAUAAAACUACACCAGUCACUGCAUAAAAAGUUCAUUUUGAGUAAAGAGACAUCUGGUUACACACAUCUACAAAAUAUUUGUCGUAUUUCUUUUGUGAUCUUGAUAAAGAAUUCUGUGAUCUUCCAAGUAGCAUUGUAGCGCAGCAAGUAGCCCGCAGGCUAAAAUGCAUUAGCUACAGCAUUACGCAGUAAGAUAUAUAGAAAUAUAAAUAUUUAAAGGAAGAUUCAGCUAGGUAGCAAACUGAAUAUUGGUGCUGAGCUCGUUUAACUUCGGUGUGUAACCAAAUGUCACUUUACUGUGCUCUCCUGUGUAAUAAGGGAAGUGAACUAUGGUGGAAGUAAUCCUUGAACUUGUGUGAUCCUUGAUGUGAGAGCUUUAAUGUCUCUUUUCUCAUGAUAUGAAAAAAAUUUAACUCAAAACAUAUGUAGCUUAUGACGUUAGCUUCAGAAUGGUGGCUAACAUUAGUUAAUAAGUGCACUCAGUUAAGUAAACUGCCCAAAACUACACUGCUGCACAAAUACAUAUAUGAGAAAAUUCCCAAAUUGGAAAUAUGUGGUUGAAAAAACACAUGAAUGAUUAAAUAUGUGUGUGAAAUAAAGAAGCAGUAAAAAUAUAUUUUUUAAAGUUAAUCGAAUAUAAAACUACAAUAAAGUGUUUGUUGGUUAAAAAAAGUAGUUUUAAAACUAUUACAUUUUUGGGCAUAUCUGAUAACUUCCUACAACCUUUGUGUCUGAGUGUUAGGGCUCCGUAGACUUUAAGUUUGAUGGAAGGGAGUAAGUCCUGUUUGGGAGUGUCGUGAGGGUUGAAGCAUAUGGACAGAGAAACUGGGUGUGUGGACACAGGGUCCCCCUCCCCAGCCCGUUGCUCCACAUAUAUAGUCCUUAUCAUCAUACGUAUUCAAUGUGUAUUAGUACAGUACAUUACUGUUGUCAUAGGAAUGUUAUGCACAGCGUUUCAUAUAGACUAACUCUGCUGACUGGACGACCAUGUCUGAUAUGUAGUGGAAGUUUUAUUCUUGUCUUAUACUGAGAGGGCAUUGUAAAUACAGUAUGAAGGAGGGAUGAAAGGAGAGAGGGGAGGACAGGAUGGAGAAGAAAAGGGAGUAAAAGGAGGCUGGAUCCUCCCUUCUGCUCUUAACUCCACCUUUCCACCAUUCUCCCUUCUUUUCUCUCCCUCUCUUCUCUAGUGUCUGUUCUGUCCAUCGGCAGUCAGUGUGAAUCAGUAGCUAUCAUAUACACACAUGAAUACAUGAUAUUACACACCUUGCUAUAUCUUCUCUCAUUCUGUGACAUGCUCUGUGGUUGUAUCACUGAUUGGUUAGGGACAUCGACUGUAUAAAGAUGGACGACACGUCUCCACUUCCCCCCCACCGUCCAGAAAUGAAGCCAAAUAUCCUGAUGUCCUGCCAUCUUUUGAAGCCAGAGUCUGUAGCGAUUGGGGGAUGGAGCCAUGGUAGCGAGGUCCCGCCGAUACACGGGCUCGACCAAUCGUUUUUUAUAGCAUCAAACAACUAUUUCAAAUCAAACAUACAAUUUUUU